ACUAAAACGACCCCGACCAGACGGCAAGUGGAAGUCAAAGUUUGCAUGCGUGUGUGAUCUGUUCUGUAUUACAAAAACACGUGCCUAUAGUAAUUAUUCUACUUUGUAACGAUUGUAACGAUCAAUCUUGGUGAAACGUGUGCUGAAUAAUAUUCGGUAGUGUUCUGGGAAUAGGUAAAAAUCACCUUUGUAACGGUUCUAAAUAAUCUUUCAAAAUGGCUCUAUCAACGAGUGCAAAUUUAAUAAAAUAUUUACUAUUUCUAUUCAACUUUUUCUUUGUGAUCACCGGGGUGAUCAUAAUGGCUGUCGGUUUAACCGUGCAAGGUGCAUACCACAGUUUCCGUGAUAUUCUGGAUGCGAAGUUUUUCAGCAUACCCACUUUCUUGGUUGUGAUUGGGUCUUUUAUUUUCGUAAUCGCCUUCUUCGGAUGCUGUGGAGCCUAUAAGGAAAACUACUGCAUGACUCUAACGUUCUCCGUCCUGUUGAUCCUGAUAUUCAUUCUGGAGUUGGCAGCUGGUAUUAGUGGAUACGUGCUUCGCAACGAUACUCGAGAGCUCGUGAGCAACGCAUUAAAUUCCUCGAUGAAAAGCUACGGCAACGAACAUAGUGGCGAUAUUACACUAAUUUGGGAUGAGAUCCAGGUUGACUUCGAUUGCUGUGGUGUUGAUGGCAGUUUGGAUUGGUCCCGCGCUAACUCGAACAAGUUUAAUGAAACAUUCCUUCCGAUGACCUGCUGUCGACCUCUUACUGGCGCGGUUGGAUAUGUAUCUUGCCCCGAUGCGAACAACAGCACCCUUCGCACUACUGGAUGCAUUAAUUCGUUUGGAGAUUUCAUCAAGGCACACGCUGUAAGCCUAGGUGCCGCUGGUGUAGCGCUGGCCGUUAUUCAGUUCUUUGGCAUUCUAUUUGCUUGCUAUUUGGCUAAACAAAUCAAGAUUCAUGGCGUGACCACCUACUGAGAGCAGCUCUGUUUAAUCGUGUCGAAGUUUGUAAUAAUUGAAUUAUGAUUUGAAAAUAUUAUGUACAGAAACGUACAGAAGUUAAAAUAAAAAUUACAGAUGAUUGCUACUGCUUUCGUAUAAAACACUACAAUACUUAAAAUAGGAUUAAAAAGUAUUUGUUGCUACAGUAGCCAAGCGAGAAAUUGACGCACUCAA